ACAGCUGAGCUUACUUCUUAUUUCAGACGGCUUCGUGCACGUCUCCCGGAAAUCCUGUGAAAUUCAUCCAAUCAGAUGAUGACUUCGAACGUGCUGAAGUGUUUCCAGAAAAUUGUGCUUUAUGCAUCAGACUUUUUUUAUGGAUCAGACUUUUAUCUGGUUUAUGUUCCGUGGGCGUGAGGUCUGAGGCUGACUCUACCAAUUCAUAGACUGCGAAUGGAAUGGCCAAAAAACUAAAAAUAAGUAUUUGCUAAUCAACAGCGUUAGGUUACGUGACUGGAUGUUCAAUGAAGGAAACAAAGCAGCGUUAGCAAUUUGUUUUUCUUUAUUUAAAGCCCUGUUUUCACGAAUUUAAGCAAUGACAUGAAACUAGCUACGCAGUCGUAGUUCGUGAAUACUGUUCACUGAGCGAAUGUACCAGCUCGCACUUGCUACAGCUCCAGGGAGGCGUCGUCGUAGUAACCGUCACAUACCCGGAACACACAUCGCAGCCAAUCAUUGCGCAGAAUACACACACUUGGCUGAUGACACCCUUGCAAUAUGGAGGCUCUGAAAGCCGUGUGUGACUUUGGGAGUAAGAAAUGUGGCAAUCGAUCAAGUGUGUAAGAUAACGCGAUUGUUUAAAUGUUGUUUGGGCGUUGAAUCAGCGGCAGCAGUAGUUGACACAACUGUGGGUUUAGAUCUGUUUCAGUUUUGUACUGUAUGACUGUUCCUCAGAAGGUCCUGCAAGUGAAACAUUCACUGACAGCUAACGUACUGUAACGUUACUUCUUCUAGUGUCUUUUUAGUAAGUUAUACUGCAACCGAAAGUGAAGUGUGCAGUUUGUGCAAAGUGUUUCUCUAUAUAAAUGCGCCUUCGUAUCAGCUUAAUGUGAAAGACUUGAUGAUGCUGACACUUGAGAGAGUGCUCUGGGUGCAUUGACUGGGGUGUCAUGGUCCAACCUGCGGGAAAUUUCCGGAAGUUUAGCGUGAAAUUUUGCGUCGACUUUUUGCCUUCCUGAUCGACAUCGCUGUUGAAAUCGGAUUAAAGUGGGCAUCAGUGCGUGGUAGAUACGCAGUUAAAGAUUCAGAUUUACAGGGAUUCUUAGUGUUUAGAGUGAAAAUGCUGCUGUCUCUGGUCGUGCACACGUAUUCAUUGCGUUACUGGCUCCCGGCGGCCGUGAUGCUAGGCACCGCUCCCGCUUACCUGCUGUCCUGGAGCGCCUGGAGGCUGCUGUCCGUCCUCCUGCCCUCCAGACUCUAUCACACUGUGGAUGAUCGGGCGUAUUCAUUCUAUCAGAGCAUGGUCCUGUUCUUCUUUGAGAAUUACACGGGCGUGGAGAUAAUAAUUUAUGGGGACGACAUACCAAAGAAAACAGAGAAUGUUGUUUACCUGUCCAACCAUCAGUCGACAUCUGACUGGAUUAUAGCUGACGUGUUGGCCAUUCGUCAAAAUGCACUAGGACAUGUAAGAUACGUACUGAAAGAUGGUCUAAAGUGGCUACCGCUGUACGGGUGGUAUUUCUCACAGCAUGGAGGAGUGUAUGUCAAGAAGAGUGCCAGAUUUGAUGAGAAUGCCAUGAAGAAGAAAUUAUCCUCUCAGGCUAAAGUGGGCACACCUAUGUAUCUUGUCAUCUUCCCAGAGGGAACCCGCUACAACCCCGAGUCCAAGAAAGUUGUCAAUGACAGUCAAACUUUUGCAGCCAAAGAAGGACUGGCUGUGCUAAAGCACGUUUUGACUCCAAGAAUGAAAGCAUCACACGUUGCCAUAGAUGCUAUGAAGGAUCACCUGGAUGCCGUGUAUGACAUCACUGUUGCGUACGAGGGAACUCUCACAGCAGAUGGCCAGAGGCGUCCAGCUCCUUCAAUGCCAGAGUUCCUGUGUAUGGAAUGCCGCAGGGUGCACAUCUACUUCAAGCGUUUGGACAUGAGGGAAAUUCCUCAUGAACCUGUGUUCUUCCGCCGGUGGCUGCACGAAAGAUUUGAAAUCAAGGAUCAGCUUCUGACCACUUUCUACGAUUCCGAGGACCCAGAAAAAAGGUCCAGGUUCCCCGGGGAAGGUCGGAGGUCAACACUCAGUCUCUGUAAGACGUUGCCUUCCCUCCUGAUUUUCGGUGGUCUGACUUUACCCAUGCUUUUAACUGAGUCAGGUAGAAAACUCUAUCUCAACACCUGGAUCUAUGGGACUCUGCUGGGAUGGGCUUGGGUCAGCGUACGUCCAUAAGCAGCAAGCCAUAAGAAAAUAUCUUCCUCACGGCUACACCAGCAUUCAGAGAUGUGAGGUUGCUUCUUUGGAAAAGAUUUCAGAUUCAUAGUUUUGAACUUUUGGCUUAUAGCGUAUCAAGAGGUUUAUUUACUGACCAUCUUGUAAUACUCUCCCAGUUGACUGAUGGUAAACUUUAACACCGUGUCUAUGCUGCAAGCAAAGAAUAAACUGCAACAAAAGAAUGUUUUUAUCAGUGACCUCAUUUGCUGGCGGGGAAGCCAGAUUUGUUGGUCAUAGGCUUGUUUGUGGCGUAAACACUGCGUGAUGUUUUUCUAUCAGGAAUGCACCGGUUACAAAAACACAACGCAGAGAGAUCAUUACGUGAAGAUUUCGCUUUUGAUUUCAAAUCUUUUUGUCAUUUUCUGUUUGAAAAGUACAUAUUUUAAACUUGCAGCUUUCCUUUUAGUUUUUGAUGACAGGUGGAGUUCUGAAAAUUAGUAUUUUUUUAUCAAUGUGUUUACAGGCUCGGAGUUCUGUUAGUUCAUGUUGUUGAGUGUCUGUGGAAUGUUUUAUUUUUAUGUGUAAUUGGGGUGAUUUUUGUUGGUUACAAAUGGAGUUAUUUCACAUUGAUUAUCAUUUUUAUUUGAUUUGAUGACAAGACCUGAAAGGUCCAUCAGAUAUGGGCUAUAUUUUGGGCUAUAUUUUGUCAUAGUUUGCACUGUUGCUAAAUAUUUCAGAUUGUUGCCAAACUUGCAGAAGGAAAAAAAAUCUUUCACGAAUUACUCUGCCUCCAGUUGCUAUUAGACUGUAUUCUUUUUUAUUUUUAUUUUUUUCGUUCGUAGAACACCAAAACAGAGGUUGUGAAGAAUCUUUUUUUUUUAUAUAUAACUAAGGUCUAUAGUGUCCAUGACUGUCAAGCUCCAAAAUGUAAUAUAAAUAAUAAAUAUUCACAGUCCUCUAAAGUAUUAUGAUAUAAGAAACAGGCCAAAGUUUGUAAAGGAUAAUCUUUCUCUCUGUCACAUGUUACUCGUACUUUCAUUCAAAUUCAGAAAUGGUUUGGUGGUUUUAUUGACCACUGCUUUAGUUGGAAGGACGAUAAGAUUUAGGAGCUCCGAUAAAUGAAUGAAAAAUGACUCGGAUAGAAUAGAAUUACUAUUAUGAAAUAUUUUUAUUGAGCUUUAAAUCUCAUGGUAAUUACAGUGAGGAAAAAAAUGAUUUGAACCCCUGCUGAUUUUGUAAGUUUGCCUGCUUACAAAGAAAUGAAGGUCUAUAUUUUUUAUGGUGGGUUUAUUUUAACUGAUAGAGACAGAAUAUAGAAAAAUCAGGGGGAACAUUUUUAAUAUAAUGGUUAUAAAUUGAUUUGCAUUUCAGUCAGUGAAAUAAGUAUUUGAUCCCCUACCAACUAGCAAGAAUUCUGGCUCCACAGAUUGGUUGUGUGCAUAUAUGGACCACAGAAUUGACCACAGAGACCAAAAUUGACUACUAGAGAGAGAAAUGUUGACUUAGACCCCAAGAACACCAUCCCUACAGAGAAGCACAGUGUUGGAAACAUUAUGCUUUAGGGCUUUUUAACUCUGCUAUGGGUACAGGAUGACUUCACCGCAUUGAGGGGCUGAGGGACAGGCCAGUGUACCGUAAAGUCUUGGAGGAGAACCUCCUCCCCUUAACUAGAUCACUGAAGAUGGGUCAUGCAUGGGCCUUUAACAUGACAAGGACACAAAACAUAUUGUCAAGACAACCAUAGAGUGGCUUAAGGAGAAGCAUACUAAAUGUCCUAGCCAGUCUGUUGUUCUAUAGAAAAUCUGUGAAGGAGGCUAAAAGUCUUCUUGGUGACAGCCAAGAAACCUUAAAGAUUUACAGUGGAGUGGACCAAAAUGUAUCCUGACAUAUAUGCAAACCUGGUGACCAACUAUCAGAAAUGUCUUAACUCUGUGCUUGCCAACAAGCGUUUCCCUUCAAAGUCCAAGUUCUUCUUUUCUGAAACGCAAUUAAUUUGUAACCUUUAUAUAAAAAUAUUUUUUAUAUUCUGUCUCUUUCAGUUAAAAUAAACCCACAAUAAAAAUGGUAGACCCUUAAUUUCUUUGUAAGCAGGCAAACUUACAAAACCAGCAGGGGAUCAAUGUUCCCUCACUGUAUGUAUUUUUGUUAUAUGGAGAAAAGUACGGUGCGUCGUUUUAUUUAUUUAUUUUUGGUUAAAAAAAUGCGAUUCCUACUUUAAAAUGAACCAGUUAAAUUCAUUUUUAUAUAAAAAACAAAUAGGUUUUGAAUAUUAGAAUUCUAUUGGAAUUUCUUUAUUAAAGCCCACGUAAUAACAGGAAGAAAAGUCUGGGAAAUCUGUCAUGUCGUGCUUUUGGUGUGGACUUUAAUAUCCUAAAACAAACCCCGCAAGUAUAGACACCACCUUGUUUAUGCCUUUCAUGAUGUACAAAUGAAUGAAAUCUUACGCUUUGAUGAUAAUAGACAAGUAAAUAUCAUAAAGUACUGCUGAAGAAUGUAAUGGUAUGGCACUUGGAGCUUCACUCCAUCUAUCUAAUUGCAUCCGUGGGUAAAAAUACGAGUAACCACAUUAAAAAGAUUUGUAGGCUUACAGAAGAUUGUGCUUGCCCAUGGUUUAUACUGUGUGGUUGUGUUAUUUGAAAUACAUUCUGAUGGGAAAAGUAUUUGGAAAAAGUAUUUGGAAAAAGUAUGGAACACUUGAAAAUUAGAAAUGAGUUAAUGCGAUUGAGAUGAAAUAAUGUCUGAGUUAUUUUAUUUAAAACCUUAAAUGGAAUCAAGCCCUUCUUUAUCUAACAAAUACAACUUUUUGGGAUGUAGGAAACUUGACACACAUAUUACCCCCAGCCCCAAAUCUAAGCAUUUGCCAAAAUGUGUGAUUUAAAUAGAAGGCACUUUUUAUUCUUUCAUCGAGUUUAAAUAAAGAUUGCACAAUAUAGAUUACACCUGCCUGCAUGCCAAUAGGCUGUUAGUUUAGAUUCAAAUUAUUCAUUUAUGUUUUCAGAUGAGGGCUAUUUGCUUUUAUAAUAACUGUGUGUCUUCCGUAAUCUAAAUGUAACCAAUAUGGUGUUUUUACAUAAUAAAUUCUACCUCCUAAACUUAAUCUACAUUUACCAUAAGCAGUGUGUCCUGUUGUGAAUGUUUUUUUUUCUCCUCUGGGUUGAUAUCUGCCCCGUUUUUAUGUGUAUUGUCGUAUGUAUUGUGUUUCAGACGGUUAAAGUGUCUCAACAGUUCACACCAUUAAAACAAAUCUUAAUUUUCA